GUGCCAGCUGUUCCGUGGAUAAAUGUGCAGAAUAAAUACAAUUUUUAUAAAUCAAAAUUACAAUGAAAUUUUAUGUAUUUUAAAAAGUUUCUGAAAUUAAAACAUUAAAAAGUGAAAGAAACUCAUUCUGUAAAUGCAAAAGUGAUUAAAACAAGUGUUGCAAAUAUUUUUUUAAUAACUUUUAGAAUAUUUUUACAUGGCACGUUUUGGCAAUAAAAACAAAAACAAAAUAUAUUUGUUUUAAGAAAAAACAGCUUUAUGAAUGAAUCAAAGCAAGAAUAAUAAUAUAGAAACAAUAAAAAUUUAAUAACAAAAAAUACUUUGUAGAAACGAAGAAGCAAAACAGAAGUGUAUAAAUAAUUAAAUCAUAAAACAAAACUUAAUAAACUUCGAAGCGUUUUUAUUACAAUACACAAACAAAGUUACUCACUGAGCAAUCAUUUUGAUUAGCCGACAAAAGCAUAGAAAAGCAAUAACAGCUGAAAACACAACAACAACAACAAAUAAUAAGUUUUACUAUCGCCGAAGAUUGUGUAAAGUUAAAAAAGCAAAAAUAUGAAAUUACCAUCGCUCAGUUUGCUUUCAGCAGUUAGGCGUGGAGUAUUGCAAUCGAAUAAAUUUGUAACGUUAAAUCCAACUACUGCGCCACUUUUAAACAAAUAUCGCUUACACCAUUGCAGUGCAGAUUCCAAAAUGUUACCACGCAUUUCUUUUUCAAACGAUUUCUUCUUCCGACAGCUUUUCGAUACGGAAAGUAGCACAUACACUUACCUUUUAGCUGAUCUCAACACACACGAAGCUGUUAUAAUUGAUCCUGUCUUAGAGCAGGCCAAGCGUGAUGCAAAAUUGGUUGAGGAUUUGGGAUUAACACUAAAAUAUGCACUCAAUACACACAUGCAUGCAGACCAUAUAACCGGCAGUGGUUGGCUGAAGAAAUUGCUUCCUGGCUGUCAAUCAGUUAUAUCAGGCAAUAGUGGCGCCAAAGCCGAUAAACAUAUACAAGAAGGUGACACUGUGACCUUUGGACGUCAUACCAUUAACACCUUAGCAACGCCUGGACAUACCAACGGUUGCAUGACUUUUGUAGUGCACGAACAAGGAUGUGUAUUUACCGGUGAUACAUUACUUAUACGUGGUUGUGGACGUACAGAUUUUCAAGAAGGCAACUCAAAAAGCUUGUAUGAGAAUGUACAUGAAAAGAUUUUUACAUUGCCGGAAAACUUCAGAAUUUAUCCAGCACAUGAUUACAAAGGACAAUUAGAGAGUUCUGUUUGGGAAGAGAAACAAUAUAAUCCACGUUUAACAAAGAAUUUAGAGGAAUUUAUACAAAUAAUGGAUAAUUUAAAUCUUCCAUAUCCAAGAAAAAUAGAUGCAUCUUUACCUGCAAAUCGUGAAUGCGGCUUAUAUGAUAUUCCAAAAGAGUAAAAUAGAAGUCUAAGAGGCCUGAAAUUGCUACAAUUUAAGAAAAGAAGUUCUUAAUAACAUUAAGUGAUACUGUACCAGUUUACAAAUUUAAAUAUCAGUUUACAAAUUUAAAUAUAUUUAAAUAUAUAUAUUUUAAAUAACUUGUAUUCAUGUUAAAUGUAAGAGCAAAUGUAUAUGUAUUUUU